GGCGUUUGUAUUUAAAAGGAACAUUCCCCCAUCUAUAUUUUGAUGUGCCAGACACAGUGAUGCAUCUCGUUCUCAUUCUCACAGAAAGAAAUUGCUAUGAGGUUCCCGGACUUAUUUAUCCCAAGCUGAAAUUAUCUUCUAAGCCCUGAGAACCCCCUGAACGUUUUACAGACACCCUUGGACCUUCGCAAUGAUGGAAACAGAAAAGAAGCCGAUAACCGAGAAGAUCUUGGACCAUACUCUGGAAAUCAUCUGCCUUCUAACUGGGGAGGAUUGUGCUGUAGUGAAGAAUGACGGCAGCGUCCCCAGUGCCUUCUGCAAGCCCCAAAAGUCAACCAGUCAGCCCAGAGAGAGAAACAGCCGACUAAUGACCCGAGAGAAGGUGCUCGACCAGGUCUCCAAAAUCCUCCAACUUCUGACUGGAGAGAUGUUUAUAAAGGAGCUGAAAUAUUUAGAAGAACAGAAGGAACCUCACAAAGACGCCAGUAUGGAGAGCUAUCAAGUUUUCAGCUCAGUGGACUGCGUUGCUCUGAACGGCAAAGCUGUGGUGAACGUGAAGCAAGAGAAUUCAUCUUUGUCUGUACGUCAGGAGAACCAGGAAAAGGCUGCUCUUGAAGUCCUAACUCCAGAGUUGGAAGGCCGAAUAGAAAUCAAGGUCGAGAAUUGUGAAGACUUCCCUACGGGCGGAAACCCUUCGGUGGAAGAUAACGUUGCAAAAUGUGGAGCCUAUAACAAUGAACUGAAAUUAAUAUGUUCCAAAGAAAUAUUAUUGCAGGAAGCCACGUGUGAAAAAAAUGACGUGACACAAGAUAAUAUUAUUCGUGACUGUGUUGGCGAUCCAAAUAAAGUUAUUUUGGAAAAUAACAUAAAAGUUGUAAAAUUAAACUACAGCGGAGGAAGGCUGGAUAUUGGUAUUAAUCAUGAAAAUAGCCCUAUAGAGGAAUCAACUUCAUUAAGUUCUGAAAAUAUUAAUCAUGGUCCUUCUGAAAUGGAAAAACAUAUCCCUAAAGACUUCAUCAGAGAUCAAACGUACAGAUAUCCUGUAAGGCAUGAGGUGUCGCACAACAAAAAGGACUUGAAAAAGGGUGACAAAGACAUUAAGCCUACGGUAACGCAACAAGGUGGUCGGCCGUAUGUGUGCCGUGAUUGUGGCAAAAGCUAUACUCAAGGUUCCAAUCUGGUGAUCCACCAACGAAAACACACAGGAGAAAGGCCCUUUUCAUGCAACGAAUGUGGGAAGCGUUUUAUCAGUCGUGGAAAUUUUGCUACGCAUAAAAAAAUCCACACAGGAGAGGGGACCUAUAUCUGCAGCGAUUGUGGGAAAAGUUACGUCACCAGAUUCCAUCUUGUCAUACACCAGAGAAAACACACAGGAGAAAGACCGUAUACGUGCAACGUGUGCGGAAAAUCUUUUGUAUCCAAAUCAGACCUUGUGCGUCACGAGAAAGUGCAUCAAGCUUACAAGCCGUACAACUGCAGCGAAUGUGGUAAAAGAUUUACGCGGUCGUCUGAUCUUGUUCGACAUAAAAAAAGACACUUGGAGUCCGCAGUGUGUAAAUGAUUUUAAAGAAAAGUUUCAUUUUUAUAAAAAAAGCUUAUAGUUUAUUUUUAAACGCAAAUAUAAAUCUUGCACACACAAAAAUAAUUCCAUAUUUUAAAGGGAUAUGAACACCAAUUUUUUUUUUCUUUUGUGAUUCAUUAACUUAGCCACCAAUCAGCAAGCGCUACCCAGGUUUCUGAACAAAAAAUGGGCUGGCUCCUAAGCUUACAUCCAUGCUUUUUCAAAUAAAGAUACCAAAUUGAUAAUAGGAGUAAAUUAGAAAGUUGCUAAAAUCACUGCUCUAUCAGAAUCAUGAAAGAAAACAUUUGGGUUUCAUAUCCCUUUAAAAAAAUCUGUAUGCAAAUCACUUUCUAUUUAACCAUGGGGAUGUUUUGUCUUUUAUUUCUUUGUAUUACUAGUUUAUUUUUUCAUAUUAAAGUCUAAAUGAUUGGGACAUAAGGAAAUAAUAAUAUGCUGUAAUCUGUUAGUGCCUUUUUAUAAUUGUGCUGUUACUGGCAGAGAACUAUGUGUUUAAAGGGACAGAAAAUGCACAAAUAACAUGCUCUGCUACAGCAAUGUAUUAUUAUAUUAUUGCUAGUAUAUAACUAUAUGUUUAAUCCCUACAAAUGGAUUAAAUACAUAGUUAAAGUUAGCUAAACACAACCGGCGAGCCAAUGACAAGAGGCAUAUAUUUGCAGUCACCAAUCCGCAUUUCGCUCCCAGUAGUAGUACAUUGCUGCUCCUAAUCCUAGCUAGGUAUACCUUUCAACAAAGGAUAUAAAGAGAAUUAAGUCAAAUCGAUAAUAGAAGCAACUUGAAAUUUUUCUUAAAGGGAGAGUAAAGUCAAAAUUAAACUUAUAUGGAUUGGAUAGAACAAGUCGUUUUAAAACAACUAUACAAUUGACUUCUAGUACUGAUUUUGCUUAGUUCUCUUGGUGUCCUUUUUUUUAGAAAAUCAGGCAUGUAGGCUUAGGACUGUGCUUGUGUCUUGAGCACAAUACGGCAACAGUGUUUGUCACAAUAUUAUACAUAUAGUCCUGAAGACACAUGCACAGUACUAAGCCUACCUUAGUAUUCUCUCACAGAAAAAAAACUACAUUUCAACAAAGGAGAGUAAAAUAAAUAAGUACAUUUGGCAAUAAAAGUAAACUAGUAUUUUA